AUGGCGCGCGUCGUGAAGUUCUCCCUGGCGACGCUCGCUGUCCUGCUGCGUGCUGGCGCCCUCGACUCGGCAGCGGAGGCGGAGGCGGAGGAGUUCAGCGCCGGGGCCUUGGCAGCGGAGGUUCAGAGUCGAGCAGCGGAGGUUCAGGAGUUGAGUGGCCACGGCCACAGGGCCUACAUGGACGUCACCGUUGGGGCGGUCAGCGCCGGGGCCCAGGCCGCGGAGGUGCAGGAGUUGACUGGCCACCGCCAGAGGGCGUAUUUGGACGUCGUCGCCGGGGCGGUCAGCGCCGACGCCGAGGUGGAUGAGCUCGAUGCCGGAGAUCGCCCCAAGGGUGCACGCAGGCGGGCCCGUGAGCGCGCGAUCGCGGCACAGACCGCGGAGGACGUCGCCAAGACGGGUUGCGCUCAGCUUGGUGGCGACAAGUGGUUCUCGGAUGCGCACGGCGAGCUGUUCCAGGUGAAGCAGGACCAUUGCUCGAUCACGUUCCCGCUGAAGACCAGAACGGGGAAGGUCGAGAAGCGCGGCGUCAUCCGGGGGGCCAAGGUGCUUGUGGAGCCGCCCUUCCCCGAGGGCAUGGUGGCGGGAGCCAGCGUCAAGUUCGACAAUGGCGCCCAGUGGGAGCGCAAGUGGUAG